UACACCACGCAUGAAUUUGUUUACAUUCCUACCCACAAGCUGUAAUUUUCCGAAAGAAAAAUCUCUCCAUCGUUUUUUUAACGAACGCCCUUUUUCCCAACUUUCACUCUCUUUUUUGAGAAAAAGAAAAAGGAUAAAAAAAUUUCAAGGAUUGUACUACACUACUAACUCUACAGCUAAAGGUAGGCAGACGACAAAGUGAAGAGAAAAGCCACCCAGAAAGAAAGAAAGAAAGGGAAAAUCAGUUGGAAAACAUAAUAGUAAGCAAAUGAGCAUAUCUUUACCAAUGAGGCUGCUAUUGCCUUUAACCACUCCCACCAGAACUCCUUCUCCUCCUUAUUAUUAUUCUUUUCUCUUUUCUCCAAACCCUAAUUUCACUCUCUCCUCUCAGUCUCAUCACUCAUGUUCUUUCAGAAAAAGCCCACAUUCCUUCUCUAAGCAAAAGUGGCUUUGUGGACAUACAAGAAGAUAUAAAGAGAUGGAUGGCUAUAGAUAUGAAGAGGAGGAUGCAAUUUGCUUAUUUAGUUCUGAUGAAGAUACUGGGACACAGAUUCCAACACAAGCCCAAUCUAUUGUGGAAGGAUCAGGGGCAGUUAUGGUUUCAGAGUUGAAACCUCUUCCUGAUGUAGAUUAUUUGCAGGAGUUAUUAGCAAUUCAGCAGCAAGGGCCUAGAGCUAUUGGGUUUUUUGGGACACGGAAUAUGGGGUUCAUGCACCAAGAGCUUAUUGAGAUCCUUAGCUAUGCAUUAGUUAUAACUAAAAACCAUAUUUAUACAUCAGGUGCAUCAGGUACUAAUGCAGCUGUUAUCAGAGGUGCUUUAAGAGCAGAGAAACCUGAGUUACUUACAGUAAUAUUGCCACAGAGCUUGAAGAAACAGCCACCUGAGAGCCAGGAAUUAUUAGAAAAGGCCCAUCAACUGGAAGUUCUAGCUCGAGUUGCUUUUGGUAUCAUUUGGAAACAGUCAUAUACCAAGGAUUUACCAGUUGCACUACCGACGUGGAAUGUGGCUUGUGCCCAAAGAUGACCUGUCAAGUAUCUAGUUGAAACUUUUAACACCAGUACAAGGCUUGCAGUAGUUUAAUUAUGAUAUUUCUUUUGUAUUAAGCACUAUGUAAUAGACUAUUAUUGUAUGCAAUAGUGAGGAGAAAAUUUAGUUCUUAAGGCUCAUAGGCAUUUGAAAUUUUUAUUGGAAAAUUUCAUUUUUGGUCCCUAAUCUUCUGCAAGACACAUUAUGAAUGGAUAUACUUUAUCACAAGUAAGGUAAAUUCAGUGUUAUAUUUCCAUUAUGCAUUAUACAGUAAGAAUGUGAUUUUUUUACGGUUUUUAUUUCACAUUCUCAUUGUUGUGGUUUUGCUUAAAAGCAUAAUCUAAGAGAUCCUUAGUGUUUGCUCAAAUGUAACACAAGUUUCAAAUUUUUUAUGCUUGAAUUUUAUUGCUUUAUAGAAGAUGGUUGCCACCAUGGUCCAAGUCCAGGGAUC